AUGGCGCGUUCGUGCACGCGACAAAGCACGCGCAGCUUCUGCUCGACCAGACCAAUCUGUAUAAGACUGGUCAAGAUUUCGAAAGUGAAGCCUUGUGCUGCCAAUGCCGAAACCCAACCUUCACAAGUCGAGCUAAACACGCCGAAAGAGAGCCCGGAUGACUUACGACCCUCAACAGCAAGUUUGUCACAGAUCUUGCUGGGACUGAAUGGAGCCGUGGCUCUCAAAGAAGACACAAGAACGGAAAUCGAAGGAUUGUGCUACAAGGUCGACUCGAGACCAUUUCUUUGCCCUUCAUUGCGGCCCGAAUAA